AUGGUCCGCAGGGCUUUCGUCCUUGUGGAUUCCUUCAUUACGGUUUUGCUGGUCAUAUCCAAUCGCGUCAACGUGGUUGCCUGGCACCCCUUCGGCAGCGCCAGAUUGAUACUAUUCCUGGAAUGGACGCACGCCGCAGGUCAACCACGGCUGUUUUGGGAUAGAGGCAAUGUCGGCUCCGUGAAGUGGCCUUUAUUUAAGUCCGUCACGCUGGAGCUAUACGCUACGUUCGUAUUUCCGUUCCAGCAAAAGGUCUGA